CGUUCCUCCCACCAGUACCGUUUCUUAUCCCAGUUAGUUCCUGCGUCAUCGGCUCCCAGGGCCAACUGUCAGCCUUUAGCAACUGUUAGGCCUUUCGUCUUCUAUACAGUCUCUGUGCCGAGAGUUUAGGUCAGCGGACUACAGUCUGGCUUCUGCUGCCCGAUUAUAAAAUAUUUUUUAUCAUUUCCACACCAACGGAAGAAAAUGUUCAUCAAGGAAUUUCGGGUGGUGAUGCCAGUCACAGUAGAAGAGUACCAAGUUGGCCAACUUUUUGCUGUGGCGGAGGAGUCAAAGAACAACACAGGCGGUGGUGAAGGGAUUGAAGUGCUUAAGAAUGAACCGUUUGAUGGGAAACCCCUCCUCAAUGGUAGAUUUAGCAAAGGGCAGUACACCUAUAAAAUUUACCAUUUAGCUAGCAAAGUGCCAGCUUUUAUCAGGAUGUUGGCACCAAAGGGAGCGUUGGAAAUCCAUGAAGAAGCCUGGAAUGCAUAUCCAUACUGUAGGACAGUAAUUUCAAAUCCUGGGUAUAUGAAGGAUAAUUUUUAUAUAGUCAUUGAAACAAUGCACUACGCCGAUAAGGGCAUAUCAGAGAACAUCCACGAAUUGCCGCCAGAGAAAUUAAAAGUCCGGGAAGUAGUUAUGAUCGAUAUUGCCAACGAUCUCAUUCAAACAUCUGAUUACAAACCUCACGAAGAUCCAACUAAAUUCAAAUCACAAAAGACUGGAAGAGGACCUCUAGUCGGCAAGUGGCAGGACACAGUUGAUCCGGUUAUGACCUGCUACAAGUUAGUCACGGCCGAGUUCAAAUGGUUUGGUAUUCAGACCAGAGUUGAGAGCUUUAUUAUGAAGGCCGAACGGCGUCUCUUCACCAAUUUCCAUCGGCAAGUGUUUUGUUGGCUUGACCGAUGGCAUGGGAUGACUAUGCAAGAUAUUAGACGUUUGGAAGACGAAACGAGAGAAGAAUUAGAUAGACAACGCAAUCAGGGAACGGUGCGUGGAAUGAAAGCCGAUUCGGACUGAUUCCUCCUGCUGCUGCUCUCUCUCCUCCGAAAUAGUGCACGUGGCGAGCGAUGGCAAGUGUCACGGAAUAAUUACCUCCCGUGUUUCGUGGAACUUCUUAACAUCUUCUUCCUUUUUCUCUUCUUCUUCUUCAAAAUCUUUUUUGGUUUUCACUUUAAUAUCUCCAUCUGUUUUACGUUCCAUUACCAAAUUUGUUCACGUUUGGUUGGAGGUUCAAGUCAGCGUUUACACUAUAGGGGAAUCUAUAAACGUCAGGCGUUGUCAUUUUCAUGUGUGUGUGUGUGUAUGUGUGCGGUCGGUAACUUUCGCGCUACGGGAUUUCCGCAUCAGACGCCGAGUGUUUCUUCUCUUUUUUAUUCCUUCCUUUGCUUGCUCACUUGCUCCUCCGUUGGCUUUUUCGCCCCUUUUUUCCAUCCUCUUUUGAAAGAGAAGAAAGAAGGGGGAAAAAAAAUCGAGCAAGAAAUGCGGAAAGGUCCUUUUUUUCCUUCUUCCACCCCACUUUAUCCAUCUCCGUCUCGAGGCUCAAGUCCCUGAUUGAAGUGCUACAACCCGCCUCGCGCCCUGCCACUAGACGAAAAAAAAAAGUGUAUCGAUCGAAACCGGUUGUCGGUCUCCUUUUGUACCAUUCUAUUUCUUCUUCUUCAACUUCUUCUCUCCUUUACAAACUACUUUUUUUUUCGCUUUUGUUGUCCACUGAGCCUCCUGUUCGGCCAAAUCGUUUCUUUUCAUAUCCAAAGCCGGAUCCUUAUUAUUAUUAAUUUUUUUGUGCUAGCUCCAAUUAACCCCGAAAUCCCUUCUCUCAAAUAUUAUAAUUGUGUGUUUUUUUUUCAUCCGAGGGGGAGUUAAAUAUUUUAACUAAAAUAUCGAAAUCUUUUUUUUUUUUUUUUUUUCAAAUCAUCAUUUGAUGUGCGUGCGUGUGCGUGUGGUUGGGUGUAUGUGCAUGUAUGGGUCAACCAAAAGAAAAAAAAAGACUAAGGAUCGAAGAAGUGUGCUGUUGUAGAAAUUACUGCGGCACUUAAAAAAAUUUUGUGGUUUUGAGAACAAGUCGAAGGGGAGCGUUUAUAUCACGCGACUCGACACACGAUGUCUUAGAGACACAUUCCAGAAAAAUAAAUUUAGUCAACAAUUUAAAAUUGAAGUAAAAAAAACAGACAGAAAAACCCAGGAAAUCUUUCUCCACAUUUUCAAUUGGCUCUUCCUCCAAAAUAAUGUUCAAAACUUUUUUUUUUUCUUUUAAAUGUUACAAAUUGGCUACCCAUUCAUGUUUGGCGCAAAGGGCGUAUCAAAUAGAUUAAAACAUCAUCAUC